AUGCAGUUCACCACCAUCGUCAUGACUCUCGCGGCCGCAGUCGCCGUCACCGCCUACCCAGGCUCCUCCUCCGCCUUCGGCGUGGGCCAAGACGAGCACAAGCACCACAGCUCCGACGACCACUCCGCCACCGGUGCCUCCAAGGGCGCUACCUGCGCAGUCGGCAGCCAAGUCUCUUGCUGCACGACUGACAGCUCCGGCUCCGAUGUCCUCGGCAACGUUCUAGGUGGAAGCUGCUUGGUGGAUAACUUGAGCUUGAUCAGCAUCUUGAACUCGCAGUGUCCGGGUGCUAACACUUUCUGCUGCCCAAGCAACCAGGACGGUACACUCAACAUCCAUGCUGCGUGCAUUCCAGUCGCUUUGUAG